UCCCAUGUGGCAUUGCUUGUACAAAGCCUUCAUCCUCUGAAGCCAUGCCUUCUGCAUCCUCGUUUCGCUGCCAUCCAUGUGCAAGGCACGGAUUGCCAGAAUGUGUUCUGGAACGAGCCGACAUGCUGGAAGGGAAAACAGAAUUUACAAGGCAACUACAUGGCCAAACUGACAAUGUCACCCCGAUCCUGGCUGCCCAUGGUGUGAAAUUGCCUACAGCGGAUUUUGCCUCAUCGCUGCCCAAGGCUAAAGAUGUGACUCCAGCAGAAGCAGCCGCUGCAUUCGGCUACGUCUCAAGCCCCAGCUUGGCAAAACAGAUAAACAGGCUGAUGCGAGCUCAAAGUUGGAGCGCAUUAAUGUCAGAGUUUGGUCCGGUGGUCAAAUCGCUCUGCAGCUACAUUGAGAAAUUAGAAUCAAGCUACGCCGCAAAGCGCACUCUCUACAGAGGGAUGCAACUCUCCCAGCAGCACCUGCAAGACAACUAUGUUGUGGGCAAAGUUGUAACCUGGAAUGCUUUUGCCAGCGUCACUACCAAUCGUCAGUUGGCUGAGACUUACAGCUGCGAAAGCUAUGACCGUGGUUUCUUUCUGGAUUCGGGGGUUCCUGUGGUCUUCAUCAUUGGCACGCAAUUCAGAGGAGCUCUACUUGGUGGGUGGUCACCUUAUCCGUCUCAUGAAGAGCUGCUGCUAUCGCCCUUUUUGGGUUUCAGAGUGACGUCUGUGGGCUUGGAACCAUCGGGAACUGACCACACACGAGUAGUCAAGAUGGAAGCAGUGAAAUUACCUCGUUCAUGGGCAGAAACUGCACCUGAUCGGCUCGUUCUUCUUCAUCCUGGCAGCAUGCCAUGGGCAGCCCAACCCAAAGAGGUGUUGUCUGAAUUGGAAGAGGAUUUGGAUGAAGCCGUGAAGAAGAAAUUGGAUCCACCUGGUGCCUUCUUGCUGUCGGUCGUUGUUGGCCUCAUCAACGCCUCGUUGCUGUUCUUGUAUGUGCUUGGAUACGAUUUGGAUGAUUUUGCAAUUUCGAAGCAAGGGUAAAUUGAAUCGGAGGAUUUGACAAUACCGUUGGCAUUUGUUUCGUUUGGAAGCUGUGUGUGGGACGUAGGGUUUGCGGGGAAAGGCCUGCUGCAGUAACUCUCAACCAAAGCUCGGCGAGAGAAGCUGGUCAAGCCGACGAAAGCAGGUCCUGACUGUAAAAGUGCGAAGUGAAGUGUGCAGUGCAUGUCGGUUUUGUUUGCAGAGUCACUCGUUGCUGCUUUUUGUUUGUGAC